AUGACUGACACAGCAGACAGGCCACGGCUGCGUUUCCGUUUGCAGACGAGCAUGGGAACCUUCUAUGGUCACGUGCUUCCAGGCGCCAUACUAUUUGCCUUCGGCACCUGGUGGUCGCUAUGGACUUGGCGGCGGCAUGCCAGGUGUCGCGCCACCGGGGAGCGUUUUGUGGCCAGCGCCUCCUCCGGCCGCGCUGAAGGCAUGGCCAAAAUAUUUGCUGCGACAGUGGGAGUGGCUACCGAGAUACGCAAGUGCAUUUCCAAGGGCGAGUGGGCUCCCAGGAACUGGCAUCACAUGGCCACGUACGUGUUUUGCGGUCUCAGCGGACCCGCGGAUCUGCUGUCGUCGUCAUCGAGGGGACCAGGACUUUUGCCGGUGGACUCUGACUACGCCGUGCUGUUGCUUUCUUUCGUGGGCGAAGGGCUCGUGUUCCACGUACACUCGCACGGCAGGGCACCACUCGACGUGCUCGUGCACGAGCUGCUCGUCUACGCCAUCGUGGCGCAGGCCGCCUGCCUUGGCAUCGAGAUGGCGCGACGAUCGAGCGUGGUGGCGGCACUUGCGAGAGGAUUCUGCGCCAUAUUGCAGGGAACCUGGCUGAUCCAGAUCGCCUUUGUUCUUUUCGACCCAAGGGAGCAGAAACGCUGGGACUCCCACAGCAAGCGCGACGCCAUGCUGGCGGCCGCCAUCUUCCCUGUUCAUGUGGUUGGCGCGCUGGUUUACGUCUGCUUGCUGGGAACCAUGUUUGCACGACGUGGCAAGGUUAUCUACUCCCGACUGCCGAAAGAGGCGGAGAAGGAGAAGGAAGGCUGCUUCACUGCUGCCUCUGUCCGACCCGGCAUUCUGUCUGCCCUGAUUCCUUGA